AUGGACCAUAUGUACCCAAACGCAUCGCGCAGCGUCACUGCUCUCCAAAGCACGGCAUGGACGAUGUGGUUCACCGGCGUGGUCAUCGCUUCAGUUUACGGUGUGAUCAUCGUGUUGGGGCUCAUCGGCAACAUCACGCUCAUCAUGACGUUUUGCUCCGCCAAAGCCAUCCGCAAUGUGCCCAAUCUCUUCAUGUCCAGUCUGGCGCUGGGGGAUGUUUUACUGCUGGUGACCUGCGCUCCGGUGGAUGCCAGCCGCUACCUGUCAGAGGAGUGGCUGUUCGGGAGAGUGGGCUGUAAAGUCAUCGCCUUCAUCCAGCUCACCUCGGUCGGGGUGUCUGUGUUCACUCUCACAGCCCUCUCUGCGGACAGAUACAGGGCCAUUGUGAAGCCUCUGGACAUCCAAACAUCAAGCACCACUACCAGCAUUGUCCUGAAGGCGGCGCUCAUCUGGCUCUUCUCCCUGAUCCUAGCUAUCCCCGAGGCCGUCUUCUCUGACCUCCACACCUUCAACGUCACCUCCACAAAUGAGAGUUUCAUCACCUGUGCUCCUUAUCCCCCAGCUGGAAGACUGCACCCUAAGAUCCACUCCAUGGCCUCCUUCCUCAUUUUCUACGUCAUUCCCCUGCUGGUCAUAUCUGUGUACUACACCUUCAUCGCCCACAGUCUGAUGAGGAGCACCACAAACCUGCCUGUGGAGGGGAACGUGUAUGCAAAACGACAGGUUGAAUCCAGAAAGCGCUUGGCAAAGACAGUGCUGGUGUUUGUUGUUCUCUUCGCAGUGUGUUGGCUUCCCUGUCACGUCAUCUUCUUAUACCGUUCCUAUCACUACUCCCAGGUCGACACCUCCCUGGUUCACUUUGUGUGCAGCGUCAUAGCUCGUAUCCUGGCCUUCACCAACUCCUGCCUCAACCCCUUCGCCCUUUACCUGCUGAGCAGGACCUUCCAGAAGCAGUUCAACCAGCAGCUGUGUUGUUGCUGCCGCAUGAUACUCAAACGCUCCUCGCAGAGCCCAAGUCAGUAUAACACACGUGUGACAUCCGUCCGCAGCUCACAUCACUCCAUGUCAAGUCUGAGCAUGAUCAAUGGCCGACAGGUCAAUCAGGAGGAUUGUGUGUAA